UAUUUGUGCUAUAUAUUAGCUAUUUUUGAAUUUUCCUACCACCCUCCUCAAGAUCUCAACAAUGUCAUCUCCAUAUGUGUAUUCUUCUCAUCUUAAAAAUGAGAGCGCUCAGCUUUUUGUGUCACCAUUGCCAGACCUUCCCCUUCGUGAAAUCCCUGGGAGUUAUGGUGUGCCCUUCUUUGGAGCCAUUAAGGAUCGGUGGGACUACUUUUAUGUCCAGGGAGAAGACCAAUUCUUUAGGUAUCGAAUGGAAAAAUACAACUCCACGGUCUUUAGAGUUAACAUGCCUCCCGGUCCUUGGAUAUCUCAUGACUCGCGAGUUAUUGCUCUUCUGGAUGGCAAGAGUUUCCCUAUCCUAUUUGAUACUUCUAAGGUUGAAAAACGCGAUGUGUUUACAGGAACCUACAUGCCUUCCACCUCCUUCACCGGAGGUUAUCGUGUGUGCUCCUACUUGGACCCAAGUGAGCCUGCACAUGGCUCUCUUAAGUCCUUAUUACUUUCUUUCCUCACCUCAAAGCAUGAGGAGAUUGUCCCCCUUUAUCAAAGUAAUCUAAAAGGCAUGUUCGAAGAGCUAGAGGAUCAAUUGAGGGGCAAAGGCCGGGCAGAGUUUGGGCCAUUGAAUGAUGCUUUAUCGCUUGAGUUUGUUUUUAGAUUGUUUUGUGAGGGUAAGAACCCUUCGGAAACCAAGUUGGAGUCCAAGGGACCUAGCAUGUUUAGAAAGUGGAUAACUUUCCAAUUAGCACCCUUGAACACAUUGGGUUUACCCAAGUUGUUAGCCCCGAUUGAAGAUUUCAUAUUGCAUUCUAUUAGGCUACCUUUCUUUCUAGUAAAAGGUGAUUAUAAAAAGUUUUAUGACGCGUUUUACUCCUCUGCAACAUCAUUUCUAGACAAAGCUGAAAGCUUUGGUAUGAGUAGAGAAGAGGCCUGCCAUAAUUUAAUUUUUAUGGCUGGAUUUAAUGCAUUUGGGGGGUUUAUAAAGUGUUUUCCAUCUUUGAUCAAAUGGGUUGCAUCCGGAGGAGAGACCCUACAUCGCGAGCUAGCUAAGGAAAUCAGGGCUGCUGUGAAGUGUGAGGGUGGAGUCACCUUGAAUGCCAUCAACAAGAUGGCGUUAACCAAGUCAGUGGUCUAUGAGGCUCUAAGGAUUGAGCCUCCUGUACCAUACCAAUAUGGGCGAGCUAAGGAUGAUUUGGUGAUUCAAACUCAUGAUGCUAUGUUUAAGAUCAAGAAAGGGGAGAUGAUAUUUGGAUAUCAACCCUAUGCUACAAAAGAUUCAAAGAUAUUUAAUGAUCCUGAGAAGUUUAUAGGGAGUAGAUUUGUCGGAGAGAAAGGAGAAACAUUGUUGAAGUACGUGUUAUGGUCGAAUGGAAGGGGAAUCGAUGAACCAACUAUGCAUAAUAAGCAAUGCCCUGGUAAGAACUUGGUGGAGCUCUUGCCUAGAGUUUUCUUGGCGGAAUUCUUCUUACGGUAUGAUACAUUUUUAGUUGAAAUCGGCACCUUGUUGUCGAAUACCACCGUGACCUUCUUGUCCUUGAAGAAAGCCAAGAGAAGCCCUUGAUAUAGGGAUAAACGGAUAACCUUACUAAAACAUAUUAUGGAUGUGAUUUAUGGUGUGAUGAUUAAUGUAAAGUUAUGUGUGAUUGACAAUUACCAUUUUAUGCAAAAAUAAAGGGCAUAAGGCAAUAAAUGUAUAGCCUGAUUGAAUUUGAAUAUACUUACAAAGUUACAAGUAUAACUA